ACUGUUUGUGAAAGCAAAAAGAACAAUACUUGUUCUUCUUUAAACAACCUUCUUCUUUUUUUCUCUCUAUUUUUUUUUGCCCUACUUAGAUAGGGUUUCAGUGAAAAUCUUGAACUUGUUUUUAUAUUUAAAUGCAAAUCUUGGUUGAAGAUAAAAUCUUGGUUGUGUUGUUGUUCUUGGCACAAAGUUUGGUUCUUUUUUCUCAGCAGCCAUGCCUACUCUUGUUAAUUACAGUGGUGAUGAUGAGUUCUAUUCAGGAGGGUCACUUUGUUCAGCAGAUUUGGGUCUUAUGUUGUCACUUGGUCAUGCUCAAGUUUACUGCCCUCUUAGGAAGAGGGCACGGAUUAGUGGACCAUUCGUUGUUGAAGAGCGGACAAAGAAUCCAUCCAUUGAAAUACUUCCCGACGAAUGCCUAUUUGAGAUCUUCAGAAGAUUGCAAGGAGGCCGCGAAAGGAGUGCAGCAGCUUGUGUUUCUAAGCGCUGGCUUAUGCUCUCGAGUAAUGUAAGGAGCUCUGAGAUUUGCCAUACCGAUCUUUCAGUUGCUGAUAAUGGGGCUUCAAGUGAUGCAAAAAUGGUCUCAGCUGAUGAAGAUGUUGAAGUAGAGUGUGAUGGAUACCUUACUAGGUGUUUAGAAGGGAAGAAAGCUACAGAUAUUAGACUUGCUGCUAUUGCAGUCGGAACUUCCAGCCGUGGGGGUCUCGGAAAGCUCUCAGUUCGGGGGAGCAACUCGGUUCGUGGUAUUACUAAUGUUGGUCUAUCAGCAAUUGCCCACGGUUGUCCUUCUCUUAGGGUUCUUUCAUUGUGGAAUGUUCCUUAUGUUGGAGAUGAAGGUCUUGUCGAGAUCGCGAGGGGAUGUCAUUCAUUAGAAAAGCUGGAUCUAUCCCAAUGCCCCUCAAUUUCCAACAAAGGUCUAGUUGCAAUAGCAGAGAAUUGCCCAAGUUUGACUUCUUUGACGAUUGAAUCUUGUCGAAAUAUUGGAAAUGAGGGCCUGCAAGCUAUUGGAAGAUGCUGUACCAAAUUGCAGUCUCUGACAAUUAAAGACUGCCCUCUUGUAGGGGAUCAGGGAGUUGCUAGCCUUCUCUCGUCAGGUGCUACAAUGUUGAAGAAAGUGAAACUUAAUUCCCUAAACAUCACGGAUUUCUCGCUUGCUGUCAUCGGUCACUAUGGCAAGGCGAUUACCGAUCUUAAUCUCAGUUCACUUCGUAAUGUCAGUCAGAAGGGGUUUUGGGUUAUGGGUAAUGCUCGUGGUCUUCAGUCUCUGGCUUCUUUGUCGAUCACUUUGUGCAGAGGAGCGACCGAUGUGAGUCUUGAAGCAGUGGGAAAGGGCUGUUCAAAUCUUAAACAUAUGUGCCUUCGCAAGUGUUGCUUUGUGUCUGAUGGUGGACUUGUUGCUUUUGCUAGAGCUGCAACAGGAUCUCUUGAGAGUCUCUUGUUGGAAGAGUGCAACAGGAUCACCCAAGCGGGCGUUCUAAAUGCGGUUUCAAACUUCGGCAAGUUGAAGUCUCUUUCCCUAGUGAAGUGUAUGGGAGUCAAAGAUUUACCUCUACAAGCUUCAUUGUUGUCACCCUGUGAAUCUCUUCGAUCGUUGUCCAUCCGCAGCUGUACAGGAUUCGGUAGCACUAGCUUAGCGAUGGUUGGUAUGCUGUGUCCUCAGCUACAUCACUUGGAUCUCAGUGGGCUUACCGGAAUAACAGAUGCCGGGCUUCUCCCUCUUUUGGAGAUGAGCUCCAAGGCAGGACUUGUCAAGGUUAAUCUUACCGACUGCCUUAACUUGACCGAUGAAGUUGUGUUGUCGCUAGCUAGGCUACAUGGCGAGACCUUGGAAUUGCUGAAUCUUGACGGAUGCAGGAAGGUUACAGAUGCAAGCUUGGUUGCAAUUGCUGAUAAUUGUCCAUUACUUAAUGAUCUCGAUGUUUCUAAGUGUUCAAUAACUGAUUCUGGUGUAGCUGCUUUAUCCCAUGGAGUGCAAGUAAAUUUGCAGAUUCUUUCGAUAUCAGGUUGCUCCAUGGUAACAAACAAGAGCGUUCCAGCUCUUAAAAAGUUGGGGGAGAGCUUAGUCGGUUUGAAUCUCCAACACUGCAACGCGAUCAGUAGCAGCAGAGUUGAGCUUCUUGUUGAGGACUUGUGGAGAUGUGAUAUCCUCUCCUAAGCCAACUGAGGGCACAAGGCAAUGCAUCCAAAAGGGAGGAUUCGGAAGAUGAGGAGUAAUAGCUAUUUGGUUCAUUCAGCUUGGCGGGAUUGAAGCAAACAUGAUCGUGGUUUUUGUGAUACCUCAGUGGCUUGGUUGUUUUCCAGGAAACUAUGACAAAACAACUUGUUCCGCCAUAUUUUUUGCAGGCUUCAUUUACUUAAAGCCUGUUCCAAAAUUUUCGGUCUCCUGUUUUUUGGAGGCUGCCUCUUUCACAGCCAUGGUAUCCUGAGAAUACAGUUACCAAAGUCCUGGUAUUAAAGUUUUCACUCGUGUUGCUCCUGCUCCUGUCUUUGAUAAACAAUGGGGGGUUUGAAUCACUAAUGCUUCUCUUAAACUUGCAUGGAUGGAUUGGUCAUGCACUUGCCUGGUACUACACUGCAGAAUCAGAGAGUCUUUUCAUAGUUUUCAUUCGUGUUGAGGAGUUGUUGUUGUAAGCGUUUACUUUGUGUCGUAGUCUGUAGUUGCAUUGCACAAUUUCUGUAAACAUGGUGUCUGUUAAUCAGGGGCUUGGUAAUGGCAACCUAGGUUGUUCUUCUUUGUCCAAGACCUAGUUUUUGAUAGGAUUAUCAAAAGUCCUAUUUGUGUAACAGGUUCCUUGUAUUCCAGAUUGUUACUUUGCAACUACCUUGUUAUGUAAUAAACUGUCUGUUUGUUUGUCCAAAUUGUGUUUAAUGUUUC